CCGCCACAGAUUCACACCGCCUCGCCCCAAGCCACACACACACGCAGUCAGGGAGUCCCUUCCGCUCAGCUCGCCCCCAUGGCGACCUCGUCGUCGCCGCGCCUGCUCUCCUCCUUCCUCGGCGACCGCCUCCUCUCCGCCAGCGCCAGGCCGCUCCUCCGCGGGGCCGCUCCAGGAAGCAGGCGGGCCGCGUAUCAGGCGACGAGAACGCUCUGCAACCUGGUGGAUAUCCUCUUCAACAGAGGUCAGAGUGACAAACCGGAAGAUAACCCUAGACGCCUACGGCCUGGGAAAGUAUCUCCUCGUCUAAGCGUUCCCAAACAUAUACAGCGGCCACCAUAUGUCAAUGCUCGUCAAAGACCUGGAUUGCACAAUGGACCUGAAAUACAUGAUGAGAGAGGGAUCGAAUGCAUGAGGGCUUCUGGAAAGCUUGCUGCACAAGUUUUGAAGUUUGCCGGGACUCUUGUAGAGUGUACCUUUUGGGGGAAAAUAAUUCCUUUGGUAACUGUUAAGGUGCAGGAGAGAAGCAUAACAACUGAUGAGAUUGAUAAAGCGGUGCACCAAAUGAUAGUAGAUAAUGGAGCAUACCCUUCGCCACUUGGUUAUUGCGGUUUUCCAAAGAGUGUCUGCACCUCAGUGAAUGAGUGCAUCUGUCAUGGUAUACCUGAUUCUCGUCCUCUUGAAGAUGGUGACAUUAUCAACAUUGAUGUUACUGUUUAUCUCAAUAGAGUGUUUCUAUGCAUCUCCUCCUUAUAUUUGCAUAAAUGUCAAAGUAUGACAAUGGUGGCUGGACAGCUGGGUUACCACGGUGAUACAUCUGCUACAUUUCUAUGUGGUAAUGUUGAUGACAAAGCUAAGAAAUUAGUUCAGGUAACAAGAGAAUGUCUCGACAAGGCUAUAUCAAUCUGCGCCCCUGGGGUGGAGAUCAAACGUAUUGGUCGAACUAUACAGGACCAUGCAGAUAAAUUCAAGUUUGGUGUAGUUCGACAGUUCGUCGGUCAUGGGGUUGGACAAGUGUUUCAUGCUGAACCUGUGGUGCUUCAUUUCCGAAACAAUGAAUGGGGCCGUAUGACAUUGAACCAAACAUUUACUAUAGAGCCCAUGCUAACCGUGGGGAGCGUAAAUCCAGUUAUAUGGUCCGAUGACUGGACAGCGGUGACUGAAGACGGCAGCUUGUCAGCACAGUUUGAGCACACAAUACUGAUUACAGAGGAUGGCGCGGAGAUACUGACGCAGUGUUAAGGGCGGACGAGGAUUAGAGGCGAGUAAUGACAGUGAUUCUAUUUCUAUAAGUGGCUGGCUGGAGAUGGAAUCCUACAUUUUUUUGGACAAAUGAUCCAACUUGAAGUUCCAAACCCUAAUGUAAACUCAUAUUACUAAGAUAACCUACAAAAAUUUUGAGUAAAAUUGGUUUUAGAAGUCCA